UAAAACCCCAGCAACUGUGUUUUGCUUUGCAUCUCUUCCGCCAUCAAAAUCAAAACUUUUUUACAAAAGAACCCCAAAAAGAUCCAAUUUUAUCUCAUGAAUCUCUGUUGCAAAUCUCUAUGCAUAUACUUGUGUGUACGUAUAGUUCUUUGUUGCUUGGUCAUGGCUAUCUUCAAUUCUCUGUUCCGUCUUUCGCAGUGCGGUUUUAUCAGAUUGAUUGUUGGAAUUGGAAUUGGAAGGACGUUGAUCUGCUUUCGUGCAGGAAUUUGGAAUUUUGCUACAUAGGACUUGGAGAUGGGAGCUAACUGUUGUAGAUGUCACAAAGGAACUGUUGAAUCAGUUCAAGGCUCCAUCAUGUCGUUAGCUGACCUGAAGAACCAAGCUAGAGACCUCAAGGAGGUGGUUGUAGAAGAGACAAGAGAUGAUGCUGGGCCAUCAGAACCAAUACCUCCGAGUCCUAACUCGAGCCCUUCAGAAGUUGAGGUCCUAGCUACAGAUGAAGUGUCAAGUUAUGAAGCAUCAAAUUAUCUUUGGAGUACUGGGUUGUUUCCUUACCCGAUUCUGAGUGGUUUUUACUCUGUGGUCCCGGUUGGGAGAUUGAAGCUUUCUAAAAGCAUUCCUACACUGGAAGAAAUUAAUGCUCUUCGGGAUCAUGAACGACUUAAGGCUGGUGUGAUUUGUGUAGAUUUUAGGAAGGAUCACCAGCUUGCGUUGUUGAAGAUGUUAUAUUAUGGACAAGUCAGAGGAUUGAACUCAGAGCCGGUUAAACUAAUUAAGAAAACUGCUGAACUGGUAGUAAAGGCAAAACGGAGUCAAUCAUUUAAAAGUCGUGGGUUUCCACUGCUAGGAAACAUCAAACAUGGUUCUUGUCGUGCUCGAGCAAUCCUCUUUAAAGUUCUAGCUGAUACUGUUCGUCUUGAAAGUAAGCUUGUAGUGGGUUUCCCUAGUGAUCUGGGAUCUUCCUCUAGUGUCGACCCAUGUUAUCAUAUGUCUGUUGUGGUUGCGCUCGAUGGUGUGGAAAUGCUGGUCGACCUUAAGCGAUGUCCUGGUCAGCUUAAACCCUUCUCACCCAAGGAAGUUUAUCUAGCUCAUGUCUCAACGGCAUGGCAGACUGGUUUUGUAGACAGUGACUCUUGUGCUUCACCAUUGGAGCCAUACCGUCCCAUGGAACGGUCUGGUUCACCAUCUGUGUUACAAUCCGGUUCAAGUGGUUCACGAAGCGAGCUAAUCAUCAAGGAACAGCGAUCUCCUGGUUCCAGCUCUAACUCAAAUGGAACAGCAGAGCCGGAAACAGAGAGAAUAAGGAGUAGGCGUAUGAAGACUCCUGAGAUCAGCCCUGGAGAGGAGUCCCAAAUGGAAAAGUCAUUGAUAUAGUUGCCAUAUAAAGGAGCCCGGCUCAAAAUACCUGAAGCGAGCUUAUUGCAGAUUGUUGGUCGGAGCUGUGAAGACAGUAACUGUUCUAAGAGAAACAACAGUUAGAUUAGGUGUGAGAAAUUCAUCGAGUUUUGUUCUCCUGAUCUCUCUGGAUUCUUCAUUGACUUUAUUAUUAAUGAUAUUGGCUUUUUUUGUAUUAUGAAAUCAUUCAUUGAUUGCAAAUUUUAGGCUUUGCUCUUUCCUUUUACAAACAAAUAUUACACAUACAAAUAAAAAUGGACAAGUUUCUGAAGUUAAUAAUACA